GGUGCGCGGGGCUCACCGCGGGGAGGGGUGGCGCGGGUUCCGGGAGGUGCUGAAGGGGACAGCGCCAGAUUUGUCGUAGUGCGCAAGCGCAGAGGCGCGGACAAAGGGGCGGGGGAGGAGGCGCGCGGCCGGAGGAGGUACGCGCCCACAUGUGUCUUUGCAGAGAUCCUUCCAGGCUACCCCUUCCCCAGCAGGCUGAGGAGGAGAGGAAGCAACCCCCUCACCCAGCUUCACCCUCUUCUGCUCUUUCCGGUGCUGGCUGGCUUCUCCCUCCAUGCUACACUGAGUAAUGAGGUAGUGUGGAAGGGAUUCUGGGAAACCCAGGAUGUCUGGGUCCUUUAUCUUUGCUCCGUUUGCUCCUGGUUAAGGAGCUUCCUCCCCUGAGCCUCGGUUUGCCCAUCUUUAAAAUGGACGGACCUGCCUACAUUUGCAGAGGUGCCCAAAGCCCUGGUGAGAUAACGGAUGGGAAGCAGCUGUAUGAAGAAGUGGCUGAAACGGUGGCACAGGGGUGCGCAACCAUGUGGAAUGCCACGGCCCUACGGUCUUUCACAUGCCCCCACACCCACCUUGGAUGGUGGAGGAAACUGUUACGCCAGGGGUUCCCCAGAGUGGGACUUGGGAUUAGGAUAUGGGGCACAGUGAAAGGGAAGCCUGAUGACCGAGCUGCGAGCUUGGGGCGUCACUCUCCCUACGGUUGACUCAGGGCCAGUCAAGAAGCAGCACGGCUAGUAGGCUGCGCGGGGCACGCAUUGCUCCCCAGCUGGUCCUAUACAGUCCUUUUUCCUUAGGCAAAAAGCCGGCCCACGCUGUCCUGAAGUGGAAAGGGAUGGACGUCAUGAGUGUGCACUUGACAAUUCACAAGCAACGGCAGGUUUGAACAAGUUUGCGUGAUAAGAAAAGCCUUAGCGCCGCCCAUUUAACGUAUUCUUUUGGCAAUUACUUAUUGAGCACCUACUACAUACCAGCUAGAGCCUGGGCAGUCCCCCCACCCCUUCUUUUUUCAAAGUCGCUUAAACGCGACCAGAGGACGGAGGGAGGCACUCGGUAACCUAGGAGUCCUGGCUCCGCCCCCUCUGCCUUUGGCCUGGUCCGCUCCUCCCAUCACCGCUCAGAGGCCGCUACUGGCCCGCGACGAAGAGCGAAAGCACGGCCUCGGCCUUCAAGCCUGUAGCUGCGACGACAUCUAAUGACCGAGGAGGCGGGAUCGCCGCUGCCGCUUCAAGGCCACAGCGAGAAGGGCGUACUGCGCACGCGCAGUAGACCGCGAUGGAGCCACCGAUGGAGCAGUCCGGAGGGGAGCAAGAACCGGGAGCUGUCAGGCUCCUGGACCUGCCCUGGGAAGACGUGCUGCUCCCGCAUGUCCUCAACUGGGUCCCGCUGCGCCAGCUGCUGCGGCUGCAGCGCGUCAGCCGCGCCUUUCGGGCGCUCGUUCAGCUGCACCUGGCCGGGCUGCGCCGCUUCGACGCCGCUCAGGUGGGUCCACAGAUCCCACGGGCCGCCUUAGCCCGGCUACUGCGGGAUGCCGAGGGGCUGCAGGAGCUGGCGCUGGCUCCGUGUCACGAAUGGCUGUCGGACGAGGACCUGGUGCCAGUCCUGGCGCGGAACCCGCAGCUACGGAGCGUAGCACUGGCCGGCUGCGGCCAACUGAGUCGCCGAGCGCUGGGGGCGCUGGCUGAGGGCUGCCCGCGUCUGCAGCGCCUUUCGCUCGCUCACUGUGACUGGGUGGACGGGCUGGCACUACGUGGCCUCGCCGACCGCUGCCCGGCUCUGGAGGAGCUAGACCUCACCGCCUGUCGCCAGCUCAAGGACGAGGCCAUCGUGUACCUGGCGCAGAGACGCGGCGCGGGCCUCCGCAGCCUCUCGUUGGCUGUCAACGCCAAUGUGGGGGACACCGCGGUCCAAGAGUUGGCUCGAAACUGCCCGCAACUCGAGCACCUCGACCUCACAGGCUGCCUUCGGGUCGGAAGCGAUGGUGUCAGGACACUGGCGGAGUACUGCCCGGCGCUGCGCUCACUGCGCGUGCGGCACUGCCACCAUGUGGCCGAGCCCAGCCUGAGCCGCCUGCGGAAACGUGGUGUGGACAUCGACGUGGAGCCACCCCUGCACCAGGCCCUGGUGCUACUCCAGGACAUGGCGGGCUUCGCGCCCUUUGUCAACCUGCAGGUCUGACUGACUUUCCUUUGGGUGGGAGCACAGCUGGACUGUGUAGCCGGGGCCUGCCUGACACAGGGAAACUGGACUGUGGAGGCCUGUGGUUGAGAGGCCUGUGGUGUGCCCUGCCUCACCCUGGAAUUUCAAAUAAAGAGCUUUU